AUGUUGGAGCUUGGAGUCAAUAUAUUUAUCGCAGCCUCUGAUAAAGUAUGGUUUUUGCUCGAAUUGUAUUCUUUCAUCGAUUAUUGCACAAUUCCGCCCAGUUUUGUCGCUAUUUAUCUACAACGGAAUUGGUUAGGUUUCCGUUUUCUUCGCGCCUUACGUCUAAUGACCGUGCCGGAUAUUCUACAGUACCUGAACAUUCUAAAAACCUCGUCAUCAAUUCGGCUCACUCAGCUCGUCACCAUUUUCGUGUCCGUCUGUCUUACGGGUGCCGGUGGAGUACAUCUAUUCGAAAACUCGGGUGAUUUCUUCAAAGGAUUCAUCAAUCCGCAUCGGAUCACCUAUGCAGAUUGCGUGUACUUUCUUCUAGUCACGAUGUCCACCGUCGGCUAUGGAGACAUCUACUGUACGACAUUAUGCGGUCGGAUUUUUAUGGUGUUCUUCAUCCUCGGUGGUCUCGCCAUGUUUGCCAGCUACGUUCCGGAAAUUGCUGAUCUGAUCGGAAAUCGACAAAAGUACGGUGGCGAGUAUAAAGGCGAACAUGGGAAGAAACAUAUCGUCGUCUGCGGCCAUAUCACCUAUGACUCCGUAAGCCACUUUCUGCAGGAUUUCCUUCACGAAGACAGAGAUGACGUCGAUGUUGAAGUUGUUUUCCUACACAGAGUGGUACCAGAUCUGGAGCUGGAGGGCUUGUUCAAACGGCACUUCACAAAAGUGGAGUUUUUCACCGGUACCGUCAUGGAUUCACUGGAUCUAUCACGGGUGAAGGUAUCAGAUGCGGACGCUUGUUUGGUGUUGGCUAACAAGUACAGCACUAACCCAGAUGCUGAAGAUGCGGCGAAUAUCAUGCGGGUGAUUUCCAUCAAAAACUACUCGAGUGAUAUCAGAGUGAUCGUUCAGUUGAUGCAGUAUCACAAUAAGGCAUAUCUCUUGAACAUCCCAUCAUGGGACUGGCGACGAGGUGACGACGUGAUUUGCUUGGCUGAGCUCAAACUCGGUUUCAUUGCCCAAUCGUGCCUCGCUCCCGGCUUUUCAACGAUGAUGGCGAAUCUGUUUGCCAUGAGGUCAUUCAAAACGUCACCUCACACGCCAUCAUGGCUGAACGACUAUCUACGUGGUGCUGGCAUGGAAAUGUAUACGGAGAAGCUCUCACAAGCGUUUGUCGGCAUGUCGUUUCCAGAAGCAGCAGAUUUAAACUCCACUGAGAUUGAGAAGGCAACUGUUGCAAUGGAGUCACGAGAUACUCCUGACUGGCUGAAUCUGUACCUAUGUGGGGCUGGUAUGGAAAUGUACACCGAUACACUGUCACAUUCAUUCGUCGGAAUGUCAUUCCCUGAAGCAGCCGACCUUUUAUUCACACGUCUUGGUCUGCUUUUGCUUGCCAUCGAACUGAAAGACGAAGAGAAUCGUGAAUGCAACAUCGCUAUAAAUCCUGGACCAUCCGCUUUUUUCUGGUGUAAACAAUGCCACGAGGACAUUCGGGAUGUGACGCUCAUCAAAAAGUGCAAAUGCAAAAAUCGUAAGCACCAUUUCAUUCAUCUUGAAUGCCUUUCGUUCCUAUUAGGUAUUAUCGAGAUGACAAGUUCGUUUCAGUGGCUCUGUUUCGACGUAGCACCAAGCCGAGUGCCUUACGUGAAGCCUGUCAAAAACGAAGCCAAAAUACUGGAUUGUGUGAUUGGCGGUGCAGCCAUCGAUGGCAGCUGCAAUGAAGCUAGUGAUCUCUUUAAACUUAUCCUGGUUGGAGCUCUGAUCAUUUCAGUCGCUUCUCGACACGUUCCCGAGCCACCGUCUGUUCCUCACCAUGGCUCUCAGGUACAACUUCGGCUGCUGAACGAGCAAAGCUCCAACAGUGAUAAUCACCUAGCGGCGAAAUCGAUGCGAUUCGCAUACGAGAUCAAGAAACUCAUGCCGUCAUCGGGUCGACGUAACUCGAUGUCGAUUCCACCGGAUGGUCGAGGUGUCGACUUCGCAAAGGAUUUCGAGCAGCAGGAUAUGAAAUACGACUCGACUGGCAUGUUUCAUUGGUGUCCAGCUAGGAAUUUGGACGAGUGUGUGCUGGAACGCCACCAAGCGGCCAUGACAGUGUUGAAUGGGCAUGUUGUCGUGUGUCUGUUUGCUGAUCGUGAUUCUCCUCUGAUCGGUCUCCGAAACUUCAUCAUGCCUCUACGAGCGUCCAAUUUCCAUUACCACGAGCUCAAACACGUGGUGAUUGUCGGCGAUUUGGACUAUCUUCGUAAAGAAUGGAAAACACUUUACAACCUACCAAAGAUCUCCAUACUGAACGGAUCGCCCUUAUCGCGAGCAGAUUUACGAGCGGUUAACAUCAAUCUCUGUGAUAUGUGUGUAAUUAUAUCAGCACGAGUGCCUAACACUGAAGACACAACACUUGCAGAUAAAGAGGCGAUUUUGGCAUCGUUGAAUAUCAAGGCGAUGCAGUUCGAUGACACGCUUGGAUUCUUUCCAUUGCGAGGCGGUGAUCGAAGUCCAUUGGGAAGUCCAAUCAGUAUGCAGAAGAAAGGGGCAAGAUUCGGUACAAACGUGCCAAUGAUAACUGAAUUAGUGAACGAUUCGAAUGUGCAGUUUCUCGAUCAAGACGAUGAUGACGAUCCGGACACAGAGUUGUACUUGACGCAACCAUUCGCAUGCGGCACGGCAUUCGCGAUUUCUGUCCUCGAUUCACUUAUGAGUACUACGUAUUUCAAUGAUUCCGCGUUGACGUUAAUUCGAACUCUGGUAACGGGAGGCGCCACACCGGAAUUGGAGUUGAUUCUUGCUGAAGGAGCUGGUCUCCGAGGCGGUUACAGCACACCGGAAACGCUUUCGAAUCGCGAUCGAUGCCGUGUGCAUGAUACGUAUUUCAAUGAUUCGGCGUUGACGUUAAUUCGAACUCUGGUGACGGGAGGCGCCACACCGGAGUUGGAGUUGAUUCUUGCUGAAGGAGCUGGUCUCCGAGGAGGUUACAGCACACCGGAAACGCUGUCAAAUCGCGAUCGAUGCCGUAUAGCUCAGAUUGCUCUGCACGACAAUCCCUAUGAGGGAAUAGGGGUAAGUUGGGUUCUACCAUUCACUCUGACCCCGCUCUCAACAUCAGCUUUCCAGCACAACUCGACAUAUGGCCAAAUGUUUACGACGUCUUUGAAAAAAUACGGGCAGCUGUGUAUCGGGCUCUAUCGGUUGCACGAUCAAGACAACGCUGAGUCAGUGAAACGAUAUGUGAUUACGAAUCCUCCAGCCGAGCUUCGGAUCAGGAGCUCGGACUAUGUAAGUUUUAGAACUGAACUUUCAAAACCUCUACUACUGAUGGGAGGUGGUGCAGUAGCGAGGGUGUACUGUAAUACGAAAUUCCACCAGAACAGUACCCACCCAAGCCAGUCAGGCUGCCUAUCCUUUCGAGGUUGA